AUGAAAAUUAUACUAUUUAUUGCAAUCAUUUUUGUGUGUAAUCUCUCGGAAACGAAUGGAGCUGACAUUCCAAUUUGCUUAGUCUGCAGUGGAACUAUAAGUAUUCUAGAAACCGAUGAUCAAGCUCGAAUUUUGCUGAAACUCGUAUGUGACUCAAUUGAAAACCAAAUCUUUGCAACGGGUUGUCGACAUUUGGCACAAGCCAUUCAUGCAACUCAUACUUGGCCAAUUCUUAAAUUCGUUUUGAACACAGUCAAAGGCCCAAUUUGUAGUCAAAUUUGCUCGUAACACUGAAUCAUUAAAAUUUUUAAUUUU